UCGUUCUAAAAAGAUCCUCGUCCGGGUCUGCGUAAAGCAAUCCCACAGAGAGAGAGAGAGAGAGAUAGAUGGCGGGAGUGGGAGCUUUUUGGGGGACGAGAGUGUUGGAGAUAGUGAAGAAGCACGACUCGGGAGGACUCGUUUGGAAGCGGAUAAAGCUCACUACCACCAGAAAAGCCAACGCCAAGAAGAGACUUCUUAGGGUUUGGCAGAACGAAGCCGUGUUGAAAGCAUGCGCUGAACCACCACCUGAAAAGGCUUCACUCACCAGCACAGCUGGAGUUCUAGAGAAAGCAGCAGCACCUGGUCUCGAUUAGCAAAUGGACUAAGAAAAUUUUAUUAGCCUGAAAAGCUUACGGUUUCAGGUUCAGUCAAACCUUUUUUUUUUUAAUUUUUAGCUUUGUUCUUCAUGUUUCUAUCUGGGACAUGAUUGCCCAAUGUAGGCAUUGCUUUAUUUCUUCUAUCCUAAGAAUUUAAAGGAUGUUGUGGCGACAUUCCUUCACCACAUCAUGAUACAGACCUUUUGUUCUUGGAAUGGAACUUAUUUUGUCCUUGUAUCA